GGCUCCGCCGCAGACGCCGCUCGGUCACCGCCGCGCUCACCUCGCGGAGCCGGGGCUGCCGUGACACCGGGAACAGCGGGAGCACUGGAACAGCGGGAACCGCGGCUGCCAGAAACACCGGCACUGCCGGGAGCACCGGGAGCACCGGGACAUCGGGAGCCGGGAUCGGGGUCCCCGGCCCAGCUUGAGGCGCACCCCGGCGCUGGGAGCACUGGUCAGGCUGGGAGCAGCCAUGAGGGACGUGCUGGGAGCUGGAUCCCUGCGGAGCCUCGUCCAACUUGCCUGGAUGUGCCUGUUCUCCUCCGUGCCGCACGGCGGGGCCAAGGUGCUGGAGAAGACCUUCGAGGAGUGGCUGCGGUACCGGGACGAGUGCCUGAGAAGGAUGGCGAGCGAGCCCUACCCGGCAGGGCUCUUCUGUAACAGGACAUUUGACAUGUAUGCCUGCUGGCCCGACGGGAGCCCCGGCACCGCCGUCAACGUCUCCUGCCCCUUCUACCUGCCCUGGUUUGAGAAAGUGAAACACGGGCUGGUGAGCCGCAGGUGCGGCACCGACGGCCAGUGGGUGACGGUGAACGGCAGCCAGCCCUGGAGGGACUACUCGCAGUGCGAGGAUGAGCUGGAGGUCACUGCUGAGGAGGAAGGCGCCCGCCGGCUCAUGGUCAGCUUCAAGGUGCUCUACACCGUGGGGUACUCGCUGUCGCUGCUCACCCUCAUCUCCGCCCUGCUCGUCCUCACCGUGUGCAGGAACCUGCGCUGCACCAGGAAUUACAUCCACGCCAACCUGUUCGCCUCCUUCGGGCUGCGCGCCACCUCGGUGAUGGUGAAGGACGCGCUGCUGGAGCGGCGCUGGGGCGUGGAGCUGCUGCAGGUGGCUGACUGGGAGGCUCUGCUGAGCCACGAGGCAACGCUGGGGUGCCGUGCAGCGCAGGUGCUGAUGCAGUACUGCAUCCUGGCCAACCACUACUGGUUCCUGGUGGAAGCUGUCUACCUCUACAAGCUGCUCAUCGGGGCCGUGUUCUCCGAGAAGAAUUACUACAGGCUCUACCUCUACCUGGGCUGGGGGACCCCCGUGGUGUUCGUGGUGCCCUGGAUGGCCGCCAAGUACCUGAAGGAGAAUGCGGAGUGCUGGGCGCUGAAUGAGAACAUGGCUUACUGGUGGAUCAUCCGCAUCCCCAUCCUGCUCGCCUCGCUGAUCAACCUGCUCAUCUUCAUGCGGAUCCUCAAGGUGAUCCUGGCCAAGCUCCGGGCCAACCAGAAGGGCUACGCCGACUACAAGCUGAGGCUGGCCAAAGCCACCCUGACCCUCAUCCCCCUCUUCGGGAUCCACGAGGUCGUUUUUAUCUUCGCCACCGACGAGCAAACCACGGGCAUCCUGCGCUACGUCAAGGUGUUCUUCACCCUCUUCCUCAACUCCUUCCAGGGCUUCCUGGUGGCUGUGCUGUACUGCUUUGCCAACAAGGAGGUGAAGUCCGAGAUGAAGAAGAAGUGGCAGCUCUGGAAGCUCGACCACCCGGUGCUCUGCUGUGCCCAGUGAGGCGGUGACCAGCCAGGGCAGAGGGGCUGCUGGCCACAGUGGCCACGGGCCCGGCUGGAGGGUGGGAGGCUGCAGGCAGCUCUGCUGGGCAGUGCCCCCCGGGAUGGCCGGGCGGGGACCGGGGUGGCUGUGCCACGCUGGAGCUGCUGCAGGGGACAUCCCUGCUGUCACCCGAGCAGGAGGUGGCAGCCCCGGCCCUUGCUCGUCGCUGUCCCCUCGGCAGGGCCCCACCGGGGCUGUGUGGGCAGCGCCUGCUGCUCCCUCCCGCUGCCUGAGCACCAGCAGAACCUGGCAGCCUCCCCCAGGACCCUCCCACCCGGCGAACCCCUGGGCCAGGCACAGCCCCUGUGGGAUCGCAGCAGCCGCGGGGAGCCUGAUCCUCAGCGGUGGGAAUGGGCGAUGCUGCCCAAACCCUGCACCCUGGGUUGCUCCUCAGCCAGGGCUCCCCUGUCCUUCCCUGUGUGCCAGCCCAGCACCAUCUCCAGCACCCUGACACUCCCAGGCAUCCCCAGCCACCGUGUAAAGCUCCUCACAGCGAGGGGCUGCUCCUGCACCUCCUCCCCACCCUCAUCACCAACACAGAACAGCAGCACCCAUCCCCUCCUCGCUGCUCUCCAGCUGCACAGACCCCCUGGUGCCCCCUCACUGUGGGCAGAGCCAAGGAUGGAGCCUCAAAAUCACUUGGGAGUGAAGCAUUUGAGAGCAGCAAUUCACGGGGGCAGAGCCCAACCUCCCCCUCCCAGUUCAGCUUCCAGCCCAGCCUCCUCCUGCCUUGUGGAGAUAAAGUUGAUUUCCAGGCCUGGCAGGAGCUCAGGAACCUCUUUGCUGGCCAAAGGCUAAAAUCCUGGCACUUUGCUUUCCAGUGGGGUGCCAAACAUCAUCCCAGCCCAGCAGGCUGUGGCUCCCAGGAAGCCCAGGAGCAGGGGAAGCAGCCGAGGUGGUGUGGUUUGAGCAGGGCUGCUCCUGUCCUGGUCCUGUGCUCUCCUGCAGGAGUCCAGAGCAGCUGGACACAGCCCCAGCCCCUCGCUCUGAUCCUCAGGAGCAGCUGCCAGAGCUCGUUCCCACUGCAUUCCUUCCUUUGCAAUGCACAAGUGCCCUCCAGGCUGGAGGAAGGGGCUGGGAUGCUCCAGGAGCUGCCCAUGGACACAGGAGGCUCUCCAGGUCCUGCCCCUUCCCUGGCAGGCUGGGGAGCCUCUCCCAGGGCCCCAGGAGGAGCUGCCUGGAGCACACAAAGCAAAGAGGCUGCACCAGGCUGGAGUCACAAAGGAACACUCCUGGAUCGAUGGAACCCCCAUGAGACCAUUUUACACAUUAACUCUCUUUUCAGAUGUAAAUAAAUAUUUAUUUUUCAGCAAGCAGAGCCUGCUGCUUCUGUCUGCUCCAGGGGAGUGAAGGGCUUGGUGGGCACAGACAGCUGAAUCUCAGAAUGGACAGGGGUGGAAAGAACCUUGAAGUCCAUCCCAUUCCAGACCCUGUCAUGGGUAGGGACAACUGCCACCAUCCCAGGUUGCUCCAAGCCCUGUCCAACCUGGCCUUGGGCACUGCCAGGGAUCCAGGGGCAGCCACAGCUGCUCUGGGCACCCUGUGCCAGGGCCUGCCCACCCUCCCAGGGAACAAUUCCUUCCCAAUAUCCCAUCUAACCCCGUCCUCUGGCAGUGGGAAGCCAUUGCCUCUUGUCCUCUCAUUCCAGGCCCUUGUCCCCAGUUCCUCUCCAGCUCUCCUGGCGCCCCUUUAGGCUCUGGAAGGGGCUCUGAGGUUUCCCUGGAUCUAUCUCUUCUCAGGUGAAGAGAGGAGCCAGCUCUCUCUGUUUCCAGCCCCUGGAUUGCAGUACCUCCAUGGCUUCCUCUGGACUCUCCCCAGCAGCUGCCACUGGAUUCCCACAUCCCCCACGGAGGCAGUGCUGGGAUGCCAGGGAUGAGGCACUCCCACUCCCCUGAGCCUGCAAGCUCCUGGCAGAGCAGGGAAAACCCUGUGUGCAUUCCUGACUGUCCUGCAAGAAAUCAGGAACUUAUUCAAGAUGCCCCAGCUCCCUCCAGAGAAACCCACAGGCCACACACAGGCUUCUCAACUUUUAUUAAUUUAUCCAAAUCAGCAAAUGCUAUUUUUCCUCGGACAGCUCACCUUAGGGUAGCACCAGACUCCUGCUGCCUGCACAGCCACCCUGGCUCCAAGGAAUGCUGCUUCACAGCCUGCAGUUAAGGGAUUGCCUCCUGGGGGUUACCCUGUUGUAGGAGAUGCCCUCCCUGCUGCUCCCUUGUGUGCUCUCACACCUGGGCUCUCCUGCAGCACCUGUUUGGGGCCUUUUUCCUUCACACACACACACACUGCCACAUCUCCUUCCUUUUCCCAACACUCUAAUCUAUUGGAUAGAUCGUGUUAAUCUCCCCAGUCUCCCUUUAUUCCAGCCUCAGACUUAGCAAAGCCAGCCCCAAAUCCCUGUAGUCCCCUUCCAGCCACUGUUCUGCACAGACCCUGUUCUAAGGGCACUGCUGAGCCAGGGCUUCCUUGGCUAUCCAGGUGCCCCCAGACCCUUUCCCUUAGGAUUUUUUGGGGGGGAUUUGCCUUAAAUUCAAGGGAAACAGCACUAACAACCCCAUAUUACUGCAGCCAGAGGCACCACCAAGGCUACGGCGAGACCUUGGCACUCCCCCCUUCCUCCAGUGACAGGAACAGGGGACACAGCCCUGAACACCUCCCAGCACAGCCUCAGCCCUCUGAGGAGUUUCCUGGGAUGCUGCAGGAGGAGAAUUUCCUCCACCUCAUCCAAACUCCUCAGGGUGAAGCUCCUGCAGCCUCCUCCUGCAGCUGGCACUGGGUGCCCACGUGCUCCACAGAUUUACUCAAGAUGAAAACAGAGUGCCUGGUGCUGAGGGUGGGAGGCAACCACGGGCAGGGAGCAGCACCCAGAGGGGGACACUGCCAGGCACACAGCAGCACAGCUGAGAGGGACCUGCCUGCUUUGGGACAGGGGCUGGCUCCAGGAAACACAGACCAUUUGUGCCCCUGCCUAAAGGGACUCAGGCAGCUCAUAAGAAGGGGUGACUAGCUGAAAAAAUGGAGCUGGAUGGGGUUUUAUAUUUGGGAUGUGUCCAUGGUCCAAAACCCAGAAGGAACACACAGUUCCAUCGUUUUCCCAAAGGGGCUUGUCCUGAUUCACCAAGGCCAUCACUCAUAGACUUCAGAUUGUGACUGUAGUGUUUUUCCCCCUUACAGGAUUCAGGAAUAAAUGGGAACACAGAGUCACUGGAAACCACUUUACACCAAGGUCCCUGGCACCAGACCCCUCAGCCAGUCCCAGGGACAGGGCAGCCUGUUCCUGCAGUGCCUGUCCUUGGCAAUGCCCACCCAAGAAUGCCCUGGCAGAACUAUUUCCCAACACCAAAGCCUGCACAUCAAAGGCAGGCAGUGGCAAGGAGAAAAGCUUGGCAGCACAGCUCCAUCUAAGCUGUGGCUCCUUUGCCCACCUCCCAUGGUGGGCACCCUGUUCCUGCUCUGCUGCCUUGGCAUUCCCCUGUUUGCCAGAGCCAUGGGAAGCUCAACAGUCCCAGCUCUUCCUUCUCUCCCCUGUCUUUCCAGGGGAACAUCUGCCUUGCUGGGAUCUUGGCCCUGGCAAACCAGGCCAAUGACCUCUGCCAUAAAGCACUGACCACAGGCCACAUUCUUGGGGAUGGAGUAACAGUGAUGUCCUGCUUCUGGCCAGGACAGGGUUCGUUUUUGCAGGACCAGGACCUCUCCUGUACAUUUCGUUAUUACUGUUCCUUAUCUCAUUGCUGUUUGCAGUAAAAUGCUUUUAUUUCUACCAGUGAUCUUCACCUUUUGUGCCUGCAGUUCUCCUCUCCACCCCAGCCCAGGGCAGGAGGGGGAGCGGGUGAGUUGGGAGUGUUUCAGUGAAUGCCAUUCCUAAAUCAGCAACGUGAUCACACCCAGCCCCUGAGGACAGCAGGAACCCAAAGUGAACAGAGUGGGCUGGCUGGAGGAACGGGCUUUGGAACCCAGAUCUGGGGUGGCAGUGGAGCAGACAUUCCAACUAGGAACAGGGCUGCACUUUGAACUCCAUUGCAGCUCAAAGAGCCAAACAUCACAAACUCCACUCCCUUCACCCCUCCACAACAACCUGCCUUUUUAAUUGCCUCAGAUCCAUUCUCUGGGCCAAGCCUCAUGGCAUAGGAAGAGCCAGGGACACAUUUCAGAGGUCCUGGGGAGCUUGGGAUGCAGAAAAGGAUAAUGAAUUGAUUGCUGUGUGCAACUGUCACCUUUCUA